AUGGGUGUGUCUCCGACAGAUUUAUGGUGUUUUCAUAUCGAGCGCGCAGCAGCUCUUCCGGAACCAUUGGCUGCUAGGCAGUACAUUCCGAAGCGGUUCAGCAGAGUGUACACUGUCGUCAACUGCAUAUCCAUGAGGGAGAUUUCCGCUGAGUGCACUGAAGUGCCGGACUGGAUGGAUUCAGAGCUUAGCAGAGAAGAGGGUGAAGAGGAUGGCAUGCAUGUAGCUGCGAUGUUCCCUGAAGAGGUUGUGAUGCUUUGCGUGCACAAAGCUUUGGAUGUUUUGAUUUUACCUUCACCCCACUCACAAGGAUGGUGGACCCCUGCUGGCUGGUUGAGACGCAGGUUCAAUCCUGACUUGCAACAUGCUUUUGAAGCAGCACGUGCGCACCUCAUCCGGCCUGACGUUGAAUUGUGUCAUGCUUUUCAUUUGCAGGAUUGCGGGCAAUUGGCAGAGGAUUUGCGAUUCUGCUUGGAAUCAGGUUUGCCUGGGCAGGAACAAAUUCUUGCUCAAUGGGUGGGCCACUUGCAAGAAAGGGAAGACUCCAUGCAGAUGUAUUCAAGGUCAGAUCGCUUGGCAGUUUUCAUGCAGAUGAUUGAGUUGGUAAUGCUAGCUGAGAAAAUUCGAAACACUGCGGACUUGAGAGAUGUUAUGCAGCGCAGCUUGAGAAUUGUUUUGCCCGAGGAUUUGCAUGAACUGGCAGCAAAUAUGUUGCAGAACAAGGUGCAAAAAUUUGAUAAAGGUAGAGUCAGCCGUGCGCACUUGACGAUCGACGCAGGCUUCAUGCUUCAGCAACGCAUAUAUAACCGCACUUCUCCAGACCAACUCAGGUAUCUCAUGUGGGACUCCUCCCCGCAGUUUGGCAGAGACUACCAAAUGUGUUUGUUGCAGAGCGUUGCCAAGUCAGAUUUGCCAUCGAUUUUGCAAAACUUGGUGCAGUUGUGUCAGUUGCGGGAAGAUGAUGAUGCAAUCAACUUUGAUGAUGACGCUGUUCUGGAGCAGGAACAGAUGCUCAUGAGUGAUCUGAGAAGCAAAAUCCGCACACAUGCCUUGCCCACUGUUUUGAUUGGCUUUGGGGCAGCAACCUUUCAGCGUAAGUUGCGUGCGCUUUUGCAUUCUGCUCGCCUUGAAGUUUUCACGAAAGAGGACUUGGCACCGUGGUGUGAGAGCCUCGUUAGUGUGGCUUCUGAUUAUGGGGUGGAGCAUCUCCUGUCCGAUGUUCGUGGGCUGCCUGCAGAGACAGCCACCUGCUGGUUUCAGGACACAGACAGUGCAGACAUUCAGCUGCUUCUUAAUGGGCCACGUGGUUCAGACUUGCCUGGGCCUAGGCAGGCAGUUGACCAAGCGCGUGAGGCCCAUGCAAAUUUUGACGCAGAAGGAUUUGAAGAUCCCCACGCAGCCCCUGCAGCCGUGGAUAUGCAAUUGCUUGCAGGCCCCAUUGCAGAGGAGGAUUUCGAAUUACCUCCACAAGUGCAGUUAAACUUCGAGCAUUUAUUGUCUGUGCCAGGGUUGUUGCAUGUAAUCGACAAUGCUACAAAGGGCCUGGGAGAUGUAAUGCAGCGCUAUGAGGACAACAUAGCUCUUGCUCAGCAGGUCUGCCGUUUGCUGAGGAAGCGAGACAGCAAGCCCAAAUUGCUGGAGCGAUGCUUUUCACGUGGUGUCGGUGCGCAGCUAGCUUCAGACAUCCGUGAAUUUCAGGGGUGGAUACAUCCAGGUCGUUGGGGCACCGUAGUGUUUUCCAUUCCGGAGCUGCUGAAGGUAAAGCAUGCUUUGGUUUCUUGCUGGGAUGAGCGGGUGUAUUUGCAAGGAAAUGAUGCUGUGGCUGAUGAAGGCCGCAGGCAAGAUGCAAUGAAUUUGGCAGCGGAUGUCACUAAGGCAGUGAGUGACCCAGCUUGGUGGGGGUGGCUUUCCAUGUUGGAGGUUGUAUGUUCCCUGCUUCGCAAGCACACAUUUUGGGCCGAGUCAUGCCCAUGCCACUCACAUAUCCUGCAGUCCAAUCGUGGUGAGCUGACAGCUGAGUUGAAGCAACAUUUUGAACGUUGUCCAUUGCGAGGCAAGAGAGAGAGAGGGCCAGAAAGGAAAGCUUGCUUGUCUGCAAUGGAGUCUGCUGGUCUUCUUCAGCGGGUCUCAGAAGAUGAUCGUUUCUCGAAAUGGUUGUUGUUGGGAAAAGGGGAGGCAGCCAUCAAGGCUGGCUACUGUGCACGGCGUCCUCACGCAGCGUUGGCCAUAAGAGAGGAUAUUGAGGCAUCGAGCCGCGCAGUCUGGGAGUUGAUCGCAAUCCUGGAUCAGCAAGGCUGGGCACAUAUGACUGUUGAAAAGAACAAGUCACAGGAACCAUAUGUUCCUGGGUCAGGUCCUCUCCUUUGGUACAGCAAACCAGGUGACGAUACCAUUUGUGUUUGGUACCUGCGGGCGCUUUUGCAAGGCACGGUAGAGGUGCCCCACUGGCAAGCUUCUGGGUUCUAUCAGGCCUUGGUGGAAGGCAGGCCAGUAUCCAAAAGAAGUCGAUGCAGCAAAGCAUCAUUGGCCAUCAAGAAUGUGGACCCAGAUGAGUGGGAUGUGCCUUUGCCGCUUCCUAUGCCUAAAGCUAAAGCCAAGAGAGCUGCCAAAAAGCGGAAGCUGAUGUUGCCUGCUCCAAAUCUGAAUGAUCGUGAGGCUGUGGACAACAUUGCAGUAAUCGAAGAGCCGGAGCGCCAGGCUUUGGCUGAUGAUGCAGAGACGGCAAAUUCAGAUGAUUUCGAAGACGAGUUGUUAGCUGAGCUGGAAGCAGUUCUUUUCGCUACGGGAUGGGACACUUUGUCCGAGUUUAUAAAGAUGGUGAGCCGCAAGGAUGGGAGAUGA